UAUUAUAAAUUAAAUCUGGAUUGUACAAUUUAUUCUAAUAAAUUAAAUAUUAGAAACAAAAAAAUUAUUUUUUAUUUUUGAAUUUUGCGUGAUUAAGUGUUCAUAGGUAGUCCUCGUGGUACUUCUGUUUUGAGGGCGCGAUGUACAAAAGGGUAGAUAGUGACAGUUUUUAAAAAAGUUAGAAAUUUUUCGUUGUAUGUUUGGAAAACUAUUUGGAGAAUAUUUAUUGUAAAAUACAUUUAGUUUCAACACCCGUGUGAGUAAAAAAUGGUGACAAUUGAAGGUCUUAAUAUUUCAUUUGAUAAACCAUUUGAUGAAUGCAAAAAUGAUAUAUCCAAUGCCUUGGAAAAAUUUAUAAAAUCAAGUACUGUGAGUGUCUUAUCUAUUGAGGCUGUUGGUGAUUUACUCUCUAAUUAUUUAAAAGAAAUUGAAUGUUCACUAGAAAAAGGAGAAGAAUAUGAUUUCACUGAGUGGGUUCUAAAGUGGCAUGAUGAUGUUGUUUCAAGAUUGAAAGAACUUUGUUAUCAUGGAAAUGAAGAACAGAUUCAGACUGCUUUCAAAACACUGGUUCAAUUGUUGCCUUCACAAAUUGUUUUGGGCAGUAAAGGAAUAACUUUCCCUAUCCAGCAAUUUGCAGAUAUAAUCAAAAUAGUGGUUUCCUUGGAAGAUAAUAUAUCAUUUUUCCUGUCUACUAUUAAGAAUAUAUUAAUUUUUGAAGACAUCGGUAAAAAUAUUUGGAAGGCACUUAACAUAGCAAUCUGUGAAUUAGGUGAUGCUCUUUCAGCCAAAGUAGUAAUGAAUGUAUUGCAAAUCAUUAAUUGUAUUGAAAAACAAAAAGUUAAGGAUAAUGUUGAUUUUGGUCCUUCCCCCUCUUAUUGUAAAAUCAAAGAAGGCGUUAUAAGUGAUAAAGAGAUCGAACUCAAUAUUAAAAAAUUCUGGAAUAAAAUUAUUGCUGUCCAUGACUUGAAUGCCAAACAGCAGCAAAUGUUACUGCUUGUACUUUAUGAACAACUAAUGCCAAGAAUGACAAAGGCAAUAUUUUUAACAGACUAUUUUAUGACAUCUCUUAAUAAAGGUGGACCAGUGGGACUUCUCGCUUUACAAGGAAUGUUUACUCUAAUCCAGAAGUACAAUAUGAACUAUCCUGAUGUUUACAAGAAAAUAUACUCGAUGCUUGAUGGAUAUGUGUUUGAUACCCAGUAUAAAUCAAGGUUUUAUUAUCUAACAGACAUGUUCUUAUCAUCUUCGCAUUUGCCUGAGGCUUUAGUAGCAGGUUAUAUUAAAAAGUUUGCAAGACUUUCUCUAAUAGCGCCUCCUGUUGAUAUAAUAAUAAUGAUGACAUUUAUUGUGAACUUACUGAUUCGACAUCCAGGGCUCAAAAUACUUAUGCAUAGAGUUACAGAAACAACAGGUUUAAAAGAAGAUCCUUAUAUUAUUGAAGAAGUUGAUCCUUCAAUGAGUCAUGCAAUCGAAAGCUCAUUAUGGGAAGUGAAAAUUUUACAGCACCAUGUUCUACCAUCAGUUUCUUCAUCAGCAAUGUUUAUUCAAAAUCCACUUCCAUCAGUAGAGCGUGAUCUCUCUGUACUCCUCGAUCUGAGGGAUGACGAGAUAUUUGGAAAAGAAUUCAAGAAAAGACAAAAAAAUCCACCAGUAUCAUUUGAAAAACCUAAUGGUCUUACCUUAAGCAUUCCACGAAAUGGAAUGAAUCUAUGGUGUUUCAAAAAUAAUAUUAAUACUUAAGAGUAAGCUAUUUUUAAAACUGUAAAUAUGAUGUAAAUAAAUAAAUUAUUUUAGUAA